CAGUUAUAUUUUUCGCCAUUGUGUUGUGGUCCAACUUCCAAGAGAAGAAACACAAGCCCUGACGUGGCGUUAAAGAGCUACCUUUUCCACAAUUUUAAGCAAAAUCCAGCCAUAAGAUGGCUCUGAAAUUUUGCAGUGUUUAUGCUUUGUAUGUGGCAACUGUAUUGUCUUUUUUUCCGCGGAUUUCAGUGUCGUUUUUCACUAACCUUGAGCCAUACGAGGAACAGUGUUACCACGAAAACGUAAAGAAAGGGCAAGUGUGGGGCUUUUUGUAUGAAGUAAGCGAGGGAGGCUUUCUUGAUAUCGACGCUAAGCUUACAGCACCAGAUGGCCAACAGAUGUACUCUCAAGAGAAGAAGACAGACGACUCUUAUUUUUUUACUGCAGAACAGGACGGAAAAUAUGUGUUCUGUUUAGGGAACAAGAAGUCGUCAUUAGUCCCAAAAUUAGUUUAUUUCAUGUUUGACUUUUUAAAUGAUGAGAAAAGAUAUAACGAAAAUGAAGAUGAUGGUCAUAAUAAGACAGUGUCUGAACUUGAAAAACUGGUUGGAGAAUUAAGUAUUGGAGUGAUUAAAACUAAACGUAAACAAGAGCAAUAUGAAGUGAGAAUGGAAUCACACCAUAACAUCAAUCUACAUACAAACCAAAUUGUCAGCUGGUGGUCAUUCUUUGAAUUUGCUCUUAUCAUUGGCAUGGCAUUAGGACAGGUUUACUACAUCAAAAGAUUCUUUGAAGUUAGAAGAGUUAUAUAAGAAGAUUCAUAGUGUUAUUUAUGGCUUUCUUAAGUGAUUUGCAGGUAGUUGAUGGUGAUCAUUAAAAGAAAGAGUCAAACAAACCACAUCACUUGUAUUUAUUUCUCACAUGUAAAAAAUUUCUAAUUCUAUGUUCACCAUCAUCUUCUUGCAAUGGUACUAACUGAAAUCCAGCUUCUAUCUAUUUUUUUCAAAGCUACAAAGAUAGUAUAGGCAACUGUGACCUUAUUACUAAGUGCUAGCAAAGUUUUUUGUCAAUACAUAAAAAAGGAUAUACUUGAGAAGUAAUUGUUACCUAGUUUUAUUACUAUGGAUUAAAAAAACAGUUCAAUUUAUAUGAUCAUGAAAUUAUUUCAAUACAUCUAGUAACUUAUUGGCAGGCAUAACUAUUAGCUAAGUCGAUCUUGGGUUUCCACAUUUGCUGCAGCACUGGAUUUUAUAUGAGCUGACUGUUGUGUUGUUGCCAGUGAGUUAAAUAUACCAAAAAAUAGGGAUUAUCAGUAGUUUUUUCAAAUAUAUUCAAUCAUAGAGGAGUAAAAGGACU